CUUCAAAAUUCUAAUGAAAGUUCAGUACCAUUACUGAGUUAAAAGGGACAAAGGUUCGAACCCACACCGAGAAACGCGAGGUAAAAAAUAAAAAUGUGGAAAGACAGAGGACCCGGAGUGAAGAUCCUCUGGCUUUGGACCAUCGGAACUGCCGCCGUUCUGGUGACUAGUGUUGUGAGGACUAGGCUCCAAGACAUGGGCCCCCAGUUCUCGAACGAUCCUCAACGGCGACCACAGAACCAUGGAGCCACCGCCGAAUCUAAAACCAUCGCCGACGACAACCCACCGGACGGAGUAGGCUCUGGAAGAGACGGCUGACGGACGGUCAUUGUCAAUUUCAGGUAGGGUUUUUCUUUGGAAUCGGAUCUGCACGCCACCUGCUCGAUGAAAUGUAUGAGUAAUAACUUUUUUACCUCUUUGCUUUUUUUCCCAAGAUUUUUAGUACUUUCUUAAUUAUAUGGGGUUUCAUGUUUUGAGGAGUUUAUAUCUUGAUUUUAACAAGUAAGAUGGGUUAAAUUGUCUUUCUUAACAAAGCCCUAACCUUGUUUUUUGCACAAUUAUCUCCUUGUUUAUAAAGAUUUUGCCAUGCAUUAUCAUUAUGAGUGAGACAUUUCAAUGUAUCCAAUCUAUUUUUAAAAUUUAAUAUGCACCAUAAAUAAUUUAUAAUUAU